AUGGGCCUCGGAAUUCUCGAAGCCCGUGGCCACGCAAGAGUUCCCGGUACCACAAGAUACUUUGACGACCCCAACCGUCCACAUGAGGCCACCGAAACCGACCAGCGCUUGAAAUCCGACCCGGCUUCCUCCAUCAUCCUCGUUCCUCAACCCUCUGAUGACCCCAACGAUCCCCUAAAUUGGCCGUUGUGGAAGCGUGAUGUGAUCACCUUCACCCUGUGCUUCGCUGCCGUCUUGGCCACGGCUCUCGGCGCCAUUCUGGCUUCAAAUACUCUCGUCAUUUCCGCCUACUUCAGCGCCAAUCUCCCCGACACCGCCGCGUUAACGGGCUACUAUCUGCUCGGUGCCGGCUGUGCCGCCAUCUUCUUCGUUCCCUCCGGCCGCAUAUGGGGCAAGCGGCAUCUGUUCCUGAUUGGCAUCGUCUUUGUCGUGUUUUCCAGCGCUUGGGGUGGUGCUACCGGCAACCUCCCCCCAAGGCCUGCGGAUGCUCCCUUCGGUCAGUCGCACGAUCAAAAAACCCAUUACAAGAGCCUUGCCGCGGCCCGCGCCUUCCAGGGCGUCGGCGCGGCCCCCUUCGAGUCUUUGCUCAACGCCGCUGUCGGCGACCUGUACUGCGUCCACCAGCGUGGCGUCCGCAUGGCCUUCACCAACCUCGCCGUCUUUGGCGGUGCUUUCUUCACCCCUGUCGUCGUUGGCAAAAUUACACACACCCUCGGUUGGCAAUGGACCUUCUACCUGGUUGCCAUCUUCUCGGCUGUCACCUUCCCUGCCGUCUUCCUCUUCUGCCCCGAGACUGCCUACAGACGCGAGUCGAGGCUCAACAUUGACAGCGUGGUCGAGGAGGAGAAACUGAAUCCUUCUACCAGUCCGCCCAGAUCUGCGGCUCCCCAAACUGCCGAACCUCCUCGCACCCCUGGCUUUGUCCUCUUUCCGAAAUCGUCAGCGAUGCAGCCAAUUGGCCACGCCAACACGCCGCCCAAAUCCUUUGUCGAAUCAAUGUCACUGUUCGACGGCAGGAAGACACACGAGCGCUACUGGGUAUUGUUUCUGCGGCCCUUCCCCCUCAUCUUGAACCCUGCCUUCGUCUGGGGCUGCCUCAUCCAGGGUGCCAUGAUUGGAUGGACCAUAUUCAUUGGCGUCGUCAUUGCUGUCGUCUUUAUUGGGCCACCGUUCUUCUGGGGUGAGGAGAGGGCCGGCUACACUUACACGGCGCCGUUUGUGGGAGCCCUGUUGGGUUUUGCUGUUUCCGGUCUCUUGGCCGAUUCGACUGCCAAGGCCCUUACCAAGCGCAACAGGGGCAUCUACGAGCCCGAGUUCCGACUGUUCCUCGUCAUCCCUAUGCUCAUCGCGGCAGGUGUUGGGUUGUACGGAUUUGGCAUCACAUCCAAUGACCUGCUGUCGGGCAGGUACUCGUACACUGUCCCGUUGGUCUUCUUUGGCUUCGAAGUCGGGGGCAUGGUCAUUGGCACCGUUGCCAGCUCGCUGUACAUUGUGGACGCGUACCGCGACUUGACGAUCGAGGGCUUCACACUGAUGAUCAUCUUCAAGAACAUUUUCAGUUUCAUUCUGACAUUUUACGCCUACGACUGGGUUAUCGGCGGCGGGUUCCGGACCGUUUUCCUCACCGUGGCCUCUAUCCAGAUGGGCAUUUGCUUGCUCAGCAUCCCGCUGUACUUUUUUGGGAAGCGAAUUAGAGCCUUCUAUGCUCGCAACGACCUUUUGUCCUUGACUCGUCUUCGGUAA